CUUAUUAGCGAUCGAUCAGCUGCGUAUUGCCCCCUGCGUGCUCUUGAAGCCGAUCGAGAGGGAGCGGAUGGCCAAGACGGCGCCGGAGCAGAAAGCUGUGACGCCGCCGGCGGCGGCGACGACGACGACCGCGGCCAGCCCGUUCGAGUUCCAGGUCUAUGGCCCACGCAAUCUGUCGCCCCCGACCUGGAGAGACCUCCUUCGCUCGAGCUGGAAGAACGCCAACUACCGGCGAAUGGUGAUCGCGUGCUUCAUCCAGGGGGUGUACCUGCUGGAGCUCGACCGGCAGGAGAAGCGCGACGAGCGCACCGGCCUGGCGCCGCAGUGGUGGCGGGCGUUCAAGUACAGGCUCGCGCAGGCGCUCGUCGACGAGCGGGACGGCUCCAUCUACGGCGCCGUGCUCGAGUGGGACCGCCUGGCGGCGCUGUCCGACUACAUCCCGUUCCGCCCCACCGGCGCGCCGGCCGCCGUCGUCGCGCUGCGCGGCACGCUGCUCACGACGCCCACGUUCCGGCGGGACGUCUACGACGACCUCCGGUUCCUGGCGUGGGACAGCCUCAAGGGCUCCGUCCGCUUCGCCGGCGCGCUGGGGGCGCUGCGCGCCGCCGCGGACAGGUUCGGCGCCGGGAGCGUGUGCGUCGGCGGCCACUCGCUGGGCGCCGGGUUCGCGCUCCAGGUGGGCAAGGCGCUCGCCAAGCAGGGCGUCUUCGUGGAGUGCCACGUGUUCAACCCGCCGUCCGUGUCGCUGGCCAUGAGCCUCAAGGGCUUCGCCGAGACGGCCGGCGAGCUGUGGGGCCGCGUGCGGUCGUGGCUCCCCUACGGGGGCUCGACGGCGUCGGCCGCGGGCGGCGGCGACGGCGAAGAGGCGAAGGCGUCGCUGGCGCGCGCGGGGAUGGGAAAGUGGCUGCCGCACCUGUACAUCAACACCAACGACUACAUCUGCUGCUACUACAACGACGCAGCGGGCGGCACGGCGACCGUGGCGGCAGGUGACGGGAGCCCGAACGGCAAGACGGCGGCGCGGGGGAGCGGCGGCGCUGGCAGCGGCGGCGUGGCGAGGAUGCUGGUGGCGUCCAAGGGGCCGACCAAGUUCUUGGACGCACACGGGCUGCACCAGUGGUGGGCCGACGACGUCGAGCUCCAGGUGGCGCUCAACCACAGCAAGCUCAUCGACCGGCAGCUCAGGUCGCUCUACGCCGCGCCGCCGCCCGCGGCAAGCUAGGCUCGGUACACCAACGCCGAGAAAAUCACUCUCCACAAAAUGAUGAUGCAUUGCAUGUGGAGGCGUGGACUAUCUUCUGCCUGGAAGAUUACUUGCCAGUAUGCCAAAGGUUCACAGAAGAUUGGUUUUAAGAAAGGAAGAUUAUGAUCUCUCAGAAACAAAUAAAGCUUUUAGGAGAAUCGAGUUUGGUUGUUCACAUUUCGUCCAAACAGAAGAACCAUUGUAGUUGAACUGGAAGAUUACUUGCGAAUAUUUGAAGAAUAUCUGAAAGGUUCAUAGAAGAAUGGUUUAAAAAAAGGAAAUUGCUACCACACAGUCUGCUGUUUUUUUGGGUUUUCUCAGCCGAAUCUGUGACCAUUCAAAAAUCUAAAGAUUCCUGUAGCCUUCUACGUAGGCCUUAUGAUCAAUACUGGUGUACACAGCCCAAAACAGAGAAUAUACGUCAUUCCACAUUGCUGGCGACGGC